CAUCCUCCGCAGUCUCCUGCUCAUCCUUCGCGUCAGACUGACUGACUGGACGGACUCGCAGAUCGCAACACGGACCGGACAAAGCCGUUAAAUCAUCAGCUUCUCCAUCAUCACGAGAGCACAACAGCAUGUGAAUGGCAGCAAAAAGCAGCAGAGUUUUUACAGAGGAGCAGGAGGAGCUCCCUGCCUCCAUGGCUGUCACUCAUGAGUACCGCACACACGCCCGGAGCCAGAACCACAUCCACUUCCAGCCUCUGACACGCACCGCCCAGUGGCAGGCCACUCUAGCUCACACGAGGAGUCACAGUCACACUCACACUCACUUCAUCACUCCCUCACACACACAGUCACAGAGAUACGGCUGUCACCUCACACACAAUCUAUCAGCCAUGACCAAGGGGGAGAGGGGCGUGCAGGGCUCUCCGAGGAGGUUCAUCAAGCCCACCGAGCCGCUGUUUCCCAAAACCUCUCAUCAGACUGACCUGAGCCAGAGGUUGUCAUUAUGCAGCAAGCUGUGUUUUGCCAUUGGUGGCGCUCCCAAGGAAGUGGCUGCCAGUGCCACAGCCUUCUUCCUGCAAAUCUACCUGCUUGAUGUUGCUCAGAUCAAUGCCUUCCAGGCCUCCAUGGUGUUGUUUAUAGGUAAAGUCUGGGGUGCAGUGACCGACCCUGUUGUUGGCUUCUUCAUUACGAAAAGCAGAUGGACCAAGAUAGGCAGACUCAUGCCUUGGAUGGUGGGGUGCACUCCCUUCCUGGUGGUCUCAUAUUUCUACCUCUGGUUUGUUCCUCCUUUUAUCAGUGGGAGGUUCAUCUGGUACCUAGGCUUCUACUGCCUCUACCAAACCCUCAUCACUUGUUUCCAUGUGCCUUAUUCUGCUCUCACCAUGUUCCUAAGCACAGACCAGAAGGAAAGGGACUCAGCCACUGCCUACCGAAUGACAAUGGAGGUGUUGGGGACCCUUGUGGGUGCUGCCAUCCAGGGCCAGAUUGUGGCCAGUGCUCAUACUCUGAAGCACUGCCCUACUCACAACAUGUCUGCCGGUUACCUUGGCAACAGCAGCGGGGCAGAGAUCGUUAAGAGCCUGGUUCACUCCCAGGACUACCUGUCACAUUCUAAGGAGGUGUACAUGAUAGCUGCCGGUGUGAUUGGUGGAGUGUUCCUCAUCUGCACCGUGGUGAUGUUCCUGGGAGUCAAAGAGAGAGAUGAUCCGUAUGCCCCAAAGACAGAGAAGCAGAUCCCUUUCCACCAGGCCUUCAUCCUGGUGAUGAGACAUGGGCCAUACCUCACUCUAACUGCCGCAUUCCUCUUCAUCACAGUUGCAAUCCAGCUCAUACAGAGCAACUUUGUCCUCUUCUGCACCUACGCCGCCGACCUGAGGGAUCACUUUCAGAACAUUGUGCUGACCAUCCUUGUUUCUGCAGUGAUAAGCAUCCCAUUCUGGCAAUGGUUCCUGCAACGCUUCGGCAAGAAGACAGCAGCUUAUUGUGGCAUCACGUGGAUCAUGCCCUUCACCAUGAUGCUGGUGUUCAUCCCGAAUGUGGUGGUAGCUUACGUUGUGGCUGUUUCCUCUGGACUCAGCGUGGCUGCUUCACUGCUGCUUCCAUGGUCUAUGUUGCCAGAUGUGGUAGAUGACUUCAGACUGGCCAACCCCUUUUCUAAAGGCCAUGAAGCCAUCUUCUACUCUUUCUAUGUUUUCUUCACCAAGUUUGCCGCUGGAAUCUCCCUCGGAGUGUCCACCCUCUGCCUGGAGUUUGCGGGGUAUGACACCGGUGCCUGCAAGCAGCCCGCUCCUGUAGUGUACACCCUGAAGCUGCUCAUCGGUGCAGCCCCCGUGGCCUUCAUAGUUACAGGGUUAAUGAUCCUUCUCCUGUAUCCCAUCAGUGAGGAUGUGCGGCGCAGGAAUAGACUCUGCCUGGAGGAGCUACGGUGUGUAGAAAUCAUUAAUGGACAUCUGAGGGAAAAAACUCUAAUCCUUCAACUCCAGUGACCUUACACGUCAAGCUCGGUUUACUUGUCAGAACCAGUUGUAUAGGGUCUUCUGUAACUGUGGAGUAUAUAUGCCUCUGUAACGUAUAUGUCAUAGUGGUAUGAAACAGCAGAAAAUGUAAAUACUCAAGUACAAAUAUCUCAGAACUGUACUCAGGUGCAGCACUUGAGUACAUGUACUUACAGUAAAUAUGCAUGGUUUUAAGACCCUUUGAAGAUCUUUAGAUUGUAGUCAUGGUUCAGACUCUAUAUGUGUAAUUCUUUACUUGUUUCCUAGUCAUAGUACCUGAGGAUCCUCAGUGACAAAGCAAAAACAACAUGCUGGAGUUAACAAAACCCGAAACAUAUUCCCAUAAUUGUUCAGAUUCUUUGCCUAACUUUGUCUCUGGUCUCCUUGGGGAUGAUGAUUCAGCAAGCUUUGCACUCCUUUCUUUGGGAAGCAUCUCUCAUAUUCCUUUGGGCAGAAACCUGCAAGCUCGAACAGCCUGGAUGGGACCAUUUUGGACUGGACUCUAUCUUUUAUUUUCUUUUUACUUCUGCUGUAUCGCUCCAGGAGCUUCAGUUUUUCCCAAAGACACUAUUUUUCCUUUUACUUCUUCACAGACUGAAAUCCUGAGCAAUGUGCAUCCAGCUUUCACUCUGUCCUCAUUAACCACCCCACAUUAUGAUACUUACAUCACCAUGUUUGACUGUAGGGAUGCUAUUAUUGUACCAUCCAUACAGUCAUGGUUUCCUCUGUACAUGUUGUUUUGAAUUGUGACCAGUAGGUUUAUUCAGAGCUAUCUGCUUCCACCCAUCUGUCUCAUACAGUUUUGCUGGAGAGCUAAAUCCAGAAAGUCACUCAGUGAUUUUAAAUUGUAAAAUUUUGAGCAUUUUUUCUCAGAUCUGUGCCUUGACACAGCCCUAUCUCACUAAAUUGACACUCCUCUCAAUCACAUGGCUAAAGCUUUACCCUGACAUACACCAUUAACUCUAGAGCAGGGGUGCCCAAAGUCGGUCCACGAGGGCCGCUGUCCUGCAGAUUUUCCAAAGUUUCCUGCUUCAACACACCCAAAUGAAAUAGAUCCAACAGCCUAUUAAGUUUUGCACAAUGACUCAUCAAUUUGAGUCAGGUGGUUUUGGAGCAGGGACACAUCAAAAACCUGCAGGAUUGAGGCCCUUGAGGACCAGAGCUGAGCACCCCUGCUCUAGAGUCUUACAUGGACAGGUGUGUGUCUUCUUAAUUAUGUCCAAUGAAUUCUGCCAGUCAGAGGCCGACUCCUGUCAAGUUGUAGAAGCAUCUCAAGGACCGGUGAUAGAAACGGUCCCGAAACCUGUUUUGCUUGUUCAUAGUAAAAAACUGUGUGUAGACUGAGAAACAAAGGGUCUGAAAACUUUUCAUAUGCACUGUACUUAUUUUCUACCACUCCUAUGAAUGUAGUACAUCACUGAUACUGAUGUCUCUCGCAGGAAACAAAGCAUUGGCUCCAGAACAGUGGAAGAUUUGAGUAACGUGUGAGCUGGAUCUUGAAUGGAGUGAAUUCACAAAGCCACGGAUUCCAGCGUUGCAGCUGGAAGGUUGUUUUUGUAGUGUAUAUUACACUGAGAAAUAUUUAAAUUGUUAUAAUGUAAACAUUUUUUGUUAUUAUUUUCACAUGUACUGUAGAGUCAUCUUGGAUAUAUAUAUAUAAACAUACAAUAUCUAAUUUAUAUAAAUGAAUGUAUAUCAUUGUUUGCUGUGUUUAACUCUACAACACUGUUAUUUAUUUAUGAGACAGGACAACAAAGAUGGAUAUGAAAUGAAUAAAUGUUGCAGAGAUUGGUUGGUAGACAGAA